GCUUACAUUUGCUAGUGCUGCGCGAAGAGCGCGCGUGGUUCGUGAUAUCAGAGGUGACUUAGAACUGUCACGCAAGACAUAACACCCGGCCUCAUAAUGUCAAAUAAAGCAUGGGUGACUCUGGCUACGAACGAUUCCUACGGCCUCGGAGCUUUGGUGCUGGCGCAUUCUUUGCGCCGUGCCGGCUCCAUUUAUCCAGCUGCGGUGCUCAUAACGCCAUCAGUCACUGAGGCGAUGAGAGAGCGCCUUCGUGCAGUGUUUGCGGAGGUCGUAUCAGUGGACGUUUUGGAUUCACGAGACGCUGCGCAUCUGGCGCUUCUACAGAGGCCAGAGCUUGGAAUUACCUUCACCAAGAUCCACUGUUGGGGUUUAACUCAAUACGAGAAAUGCGUAUUCCUUGAUGCUGACACAUUGAUAGUGCAAAAUUGUGAUGAGCUAUUUGAACGUGAAGAGUUGUCAGCGGCACCGGACGUCGGUUGGCCCGAUUGCUUCAAUUCUGGUGUUUUCGUCUACAAACCCUCACAGGAAACCUUGGAACAACUUAUCAAGUUUGCACAAGAACGCGGAAGCUUCGACGGCGGUGACCAAGGCCUCCUGAAUUCUUUCUUCUCCGACUGGGCACAAGGUGAUAGCAACAAACGCUUACCUUUCCUAUACAAUGUGACAUCAGCCGCAUUCUACUCUUACCUUCCUGCGUUGAAACAUUACGGUCAAAAUUUGAAGAUCAUUCACUUCAUCGGUGCAACUAAGCCGUGGUUGCAACAGUUCAACUGGGAAUCUCGUUCAGUAGACGCUCCCGAUCACCUUCGGGAGUUCCUGCAAAUCUGGUGGGAUCUGUUCGUAGGACAGGUCCAUCCUCAGCUGGAUGUUUCUAUGAGUGGAGUCGCUGGCAACUUGGCACGUGUCGUGCCCGGAGCUGCAAGCACUCAACGUGAAGCAAUCGAUGAACUUACUCGCCGCCAAGGCUGGGAGGCGGGUAACAUUGACUACAUGGGCGCUGAUUCCUUUGACAAUAUCUGGGCUAAGAUCUCACAAACCCUCAGCCAGCCGAGACAGUCACCGCCUAAACAAUCAUCUCCGCCUAAACAACCAUCUCCGCCUAAACAACCGUCCCCGCCUAAACAACAGUCUCCUCCCAAAGAGGCUCCCGUUGAAGUAGCACAGGAAGCGACUGUCGUAGACGCUGCAUCAUCAGAGACUGUUCCAGAAGCGGCAGCUGUUGAGCCAACGCCAGUGGCAGCUGUUGAUACACCAAAAGAGACAGAAGCGAUUAAAACGGCUGCUCCAGUAGCUGAAGCGCCUGCAUCUGUAGAAUCGGCACCAUUAGUUGAAGCGGCUGCAAAAGUUGAAGCAGCACCGGCCCCAGUUGAGGCUGCACCGGCACCAGCUGAAACAGCGCCAGCGUCAGCUGAAGCAAUACCAUUACCGGCGGCAGCUGAGGUAGCACAAGUACCAGUUGAAACAGCGCCAGCGACAGCUGAAGCAAUACCAUUACCGGCGGCAGCUGAGGUAGCACAAGUACCAGUUGAAACAGCGCCAGCGUCAGCUGAAGCAAUACCAUUACCGGCGGCAGCUGAGGUAGCACAAGUACCAGUUGAAACAGCGCCAGCACAAACAGAAUCAGCGCCAGUACCAGCUGAGGUGCCGGCGCCAGUUGAAGCAACAGAAUCAACUGUAGCGCCACCAGCAGUAUCAGCUCCCGUCGAGACAGCACCGGUCGCAGUUGAAGCGAAACCUGUAUCUUCUGAGCCAGCAUCGGCUCAGGCAGAAUCUGCUUCAGUACCGUCUGCCGAAGCUCCCUCUCAAGCCACGGCCUCAUCACCCACAGAAACACCAGUAGCACCUGAGGUCCCGAUACCAAAAGCCCCAGUUGAAGCUGCAACCAAACCCAAGCCAGUUGAAACUCCAGUCACAGUCGAAGCUGUCGCUUCAGCUCCCAAAGCUUCUACAGAAACAUCUGCCACGGUAGAUGUUUCUGCACCAGGUGAGCCUAUCCCGGCCGUAGCGUCAGCACCGGAGCCGCCGACAGAGGAGAAGACCAAGACUGAGCCCGCCUUACCACUCACUCCACCGGCGUCGCCAAAAUCGCCUCAGGAGCAAGUAGAAUCCAAAUCCCAAGUAGAAGCUGCGAAAGAACCUAGUCCGGUUUUGCCGGUGAAAGUAGAAGCCACUCCCGAGAAAUCUACGGAAGCCUCAGGGUGCUCAGAUAGUCCACCAUUAGCCAACACACCCUCAAAAGAUGAUGUCCCCAAGUUGCCGGCUGCCAAAUCGGAGGAGCGCCGUAAGGGCGGAUGCAAGUUGCAGCUGAAGCCGCCCGCAGUCGCCGACCCAUUGCCUACACCUGACAGCGAAGUAGAAGAUGCCGCCACACUCGCCACUUCCAUCAUCGCCAGUGAACUGAAAACUCCAACUGUUACUUCACCCACCUCUGAACCGGAACCCACUUCCCCCCCUGCGAAACUACAGCCGCAGCGCCUUUCCGUUGACGAGCCUGAAGUACCAACGCCCCCUGUCGGGGCCGUAUCGCUCGCUCAGAUAGGUGUCAAAGCCCCUAAAGCCAAAUCGAGCACUGCCGCACAAAUAGAAUCCUCCGUGACUGAGAAAGCCAGUGAAUCUGCCACGCCAACAGACGCUCCCAAAAAGAAGAUCGUGAAGAAGGUGGUGAAGAAAGAUAAAGAGGGCGCGUCGACCGCGACCGCCGGGGCCGAUGCACCGGUGCCGCCGCCGCGCAAAAAAGAGAAGAAGCCCAAAGAGAAAUGAGCUCGCGGCUUGCUCCCUUAUAGUUCCUCUGUGCCAUAAUGUAGCCUUACCUAUCUAAUAAUUGUUUAUUAUAAUUUUCGAAUAAUAUGCUAUUUGUGUACCGCGUAUUUUUUACGACAUUAGACGUCUUAUUACUCGUCAUCACGCCAUAUCAUGUAACUCUUAUUUUUUGUUUGAAAUUUUAUACUCUUUAUUAUGUUACUAAAUAUUUACAACUCUAUUUAUUUUUUAACCGUUAACUACUAUUUUGGUUUAAAAUUAAUUACCAAAGGAUGAAACGUAUUUAUUGAAAGAAAGGUUUUUAUUAAUUUUUGUAUUAAAAUGUAUUUUGAAGU